AUGGCGCUUGAUCCUGGCUCGAGAGCGUGGACUGGCUCACCCGAGAGCUCUGGUCGCGAUUCCCCAAUCCCGCGACAAUGGCGCAGCCAGCCUGGUGGCGAUGAAGCGCUUCCUAAAGAUAAAGCAUACCGAAGAUACGCGUCGGGUGUCGAAAAAGCCCUGGCUCUCUUCGAGACGGCGCUGGAAGAAUGGGCCGACUACAUAUCUUUCCUCAACAGGGCUCUCAAGGCUCUACAAGCACAACCAUCCUCCAACACCACGAUACCAGCAAAGGCGCUCCUGUCGAAACGCUUGUCGCAAUGCCUGAACCCCACGUUACCCUCCGGCGUCCACCAGAAGGCUCUCGAAGUCUACAAUUACGUUUUCGACACCAUCGGUGCAGACGGUCUAUCCAGAGACCUUCCACUAUACCUCCCCGGGCUUGCGCCGACGCUAUCCUUUGCCUCGCUCUCCGUCCGAUCACCAUUUCUUGAACUUCUCGAAAAACAUUUGAUCAAGCUGGACGCGCGGUCGCUACGCCCCGCAAUGCGCUCAAUAAUAUUAGCUCUUCUCCCAGGUCUAGAGGACGAGACAAGUGAAGACUUUGACCGCACGUUGAAGCUGGUCGGAAGUUUCAAGAAGGCUAUUAGGCCGGCUGAUAGUAAAAAGCUGACAGAGCAUCACUCUGUCGGUGACGAUUUCUUCUGGCAGUGCUUCUUCUUAGCUUCCAUUACCAGUCACAGCCGGCGCGGUGGUGCAUUAGCCUAUCUCGUACGACACCUUCCAGCACUUGGCGCUUCGGCCGGAGCCUCAGACGCCGACCAACGCAGCCGAGAACUUGCUACCAUUGUGACGUCGCCUGAGCCAGGGCUACUAGUCAGAUGCUUUGCCAGUGGUCUAGCCGACGAGCAGGUUCUUAUUCAGCGUGGAUUCCUCGAUUUACUCGUAUCUCAUCUACCUCUUGACUCAACUGUCCUACAAACUCGUGUCAAGACCUCUGAUCUGGAGCUCCUACUAAAAUCGGCUGUUGGGGUGGUAAUUAGACGAGACAUGAGUCUAAACCGUCGCCUAUGGGCUUGGCUGCUGGGUCCUGAACCCGCAGUUCUAGAAACUGAGCAUACUCACGAUACCGCUGGUGCUCAAGCGGAGCAGCAGCACGCCGAUCUUUCAGCUCGAACGCAGUAUUUCGAGGAGCAUGGACUUGCAGCACUAACACGAGCGCUCCUUGGUAUGAUCAAAGAUGCCGAGUCCAGUAGUGUCUCAGAACGUGCAAGGCCGUAUCGCAUUUGUCUAUCUCUCAUGGAUCGAUGGGAGAUUGGCGGGCUAGUCGUCCCAGAAAUCUUUCUACCAGUUGUUCAGAGUGUUCAGCGCUUCAAACAAAAAGCUUCCUCCCCGGCAGAUUUCAAGGAAGUUUUGCGAAGCGCAAGCGUCUUUUUUGACGGCAUAGAAAGUGGUCUCAUAUAUAGUGAGAUUGUUGCUCUUCUAGCUCGAGCUAUCGGGCCUGGCGACUUGGGAACCGAGCAACGCAGUGAGAAGCUAUCGCUCGUCAGCUUCAUCAUCGCCAACUUCAACGUCAGGGAAGAGGAAAUGGUUACUAUACACGCGCCUCUGACUUGUCUCGCUGCCCUAUACAUGCUUGAAGACCUCCGCGAGAGGCAAGCAAUGGCCGGCGCAGUUGCUAUAGAAUUGGCGAAUGAGGUUUUGUCGAUUGUGUCGUCAUUGCUGGAUCUCGUUCCAGAGCGGACAUUUCCAGUACCGUCGACAAACGCUACUCCGGGGUCGAAAGCCUUGUCUUUAUCCAACAUGGAUCUCCUGAAGAAGAUAAGAAACUUUUAUGUUAACGAGCAGGGCAACCUGGAUGUCUCACCCGCGCCAUUCACAGCUCUCGAGUGUGGACAGCUUCUCAUUCAAAAGGCUGCCAAAAAUGUAUACGACCGGGAUGAGAAGGCUGGUCUGUCCGCAGAAAUUAAUAUGCGGGUACGAAUAUUCCUGCAGGUGCUCACAAAGACCCCCAGGCAAUAUGAGUUUGAGGAGGAAGAGCUUCUUUUGUUCACGAGCCAAGAGGUGUCCGACGGAAAGUUUCUACCGUUCGCCGCGUUCUCCUCCAUCCUAACUAUGUCGCUCUUCGGCAGUAUGGUGUCUGGUGUUUUUCAGUCCGACGCUCCUCAAGGUCGCAGCGCGACUGCAAACGACCGUCUCACGGUGAUUCUUGCUUUUCAAGAUGCUCUCCGUAUCUGCUACAAUAUCUGGUCCUGGGGCCAAGGGGACGACGUAGCUGCCAGCGACAGCUCUGCGGCUGCCUCGUUCAUGUACACGUCCCUGCGUAUGAGAAAUCGCGCCAGAAGGCUCUUGGAGCACCUCUUUACCGCUGAGACAUUGGAAUGCUUGGAAACCAUCGUUGACAUCUGGAAGCAAGCCGGCUCAGACGCUCAAAAGUCUGAGGUCUUCAAAUUUCUAGCUGCGCUCGAGGCUUCUCGCCCACGACAAACAGUGCCCUCCAUAUUCAACGCCAUAUACAGUCGGACAAACCCCACCGCUCUCGAUCUUAGUCGCACGUCUACCUUGACGAUCUCGCUCGAGGACAUAGACCUUGGGUUCUUCUUGGUCAAGUACACGCAAUCUCUUGAUGAUGAUGCGAUGGAUGAGAUCUGGCAAGACUGCAUCAUCUUCCUCAAGGACAUUCUCGCCAACCCCUUUCCUCAUCGGCAAACACUCCCUAGUCUUCUGCAGUUCGCCGCCAUCCUGGGCGAGAAGGUUGACAAUACAAACUUCGGCGAGCAACGCAAGAUGCGACGAGAACUUGGUGAUUUGUUUAUUAAGCUCCUUGCGGCUCUGUUUACUACGCGACCUAUCACCUUUACCGAGUCAACAGCCUCCAACGGUACCACAGAGAAGUCUACCAAGGGGGAUGCCACCGAUGCGCGAGACGUCGUUGACAUUCUAGCCACCGUGGUGCCCAGCCUCUCCAAAGUCCUACCCGAACCGGACCGGGUGCUGUCCGCGGCCGGCACCAUUUCCGCGAACGUGAUCGGCCCUACGCUGCGCACCAAGACAUUUCCCGACUCGGUCACGCGCAGCACGGUGCGCCUAAUCCACGAGCUGUCCCGGCUGCCCAACAACCAGCGGUCCUGGAAGAAGGAUGUCGGGGACGCCUUCAACGACGGCCGGUUCUUCGGCAUGCCCCUGUCACUCGUAGCCGACGACUGGCUACCGCUGCUGCGGCAGUGGACGGCCUCGGACAAGGAGCGACUGCCAGAGGUGGUGGGCCGGAUCGCGGCGCCGACGACGGCGGGCAUCGUGUUCGGCGUCGGCGCCACCUCGGCGCGCCUCGAGGCCGACCGCAAGUCGCAACUCAACCUGCGCCGCGCCGCGACGCUGAUCCUCGCCGGCGCACACGACGCCUUCGUCUCUGACCUCCCCACCGUCGUCGGGAAGCUUGUUGAGUUGCUCGCCGCGACCAGCACCUCGUCACCGUCGUCGACGACGCGCGCUGACGUCUACAUGGUGAUGCGCGCGCUCGUGCUUCGCACCGACCCGGUGCACCUCGCCGGGCUGUGGCCCAUCGUCGGCGCCGAACUUCACGCGGCGCUUUCCUCCGUCGCGGCCCCCGACGGCAGCUCCGCCGCCGAGAUGCACGCCGCCGCCGCCGUCCUCCAGGCCUGCAAGCUGCUCGACCUGCUCGUCUGCCUCGCCCCGGACGACUUCCAGCUGCGCGAGUGGCUGUUCAUCACCGACAGCGUCGACGCCGUCUACCGCUCCUCCUCGUCCCGCCCCGUCGCCCUCGCCGACGAGCUCGCCGAGGACCUCGGCAGCGCCGCCGCCACGAGCACCACCACCACCCACCAUGAGGACGGAGGCGUGCUGGCAGCGGCGGCGACGAUGCAACGCGGCCGCCGCCACCCGCUCAUCGGACCCGGGGGCAUCGCGGACGACAGCGUGGGCCUGGACCGCCGCGACGAGCUGGUCGCCAAGGUGCUGCGGCCGUUCUUUGCGCAGCUCAGCAUCUUCGCGUUCGAGUCGACGUACGCCAUGGGCGCGCCGGACGUGCCGGGCUGCGUGCAGAGCCUGCUGCGGGACCUCUUUGACGACAGGACCAUAGUCAAGGCAUUGUGA